AUGGCGGCUGUUGAGGAGGCGCUCAAAGCUGUUUGCGAAAAAUUCAGAUUUAAAGAGCUAAAUGCUUAUCAAAAGGUUGCAAUCGAAAAAUUUAUGCAGGGUAGAGAUAUUUUUUUGAAUUUGCCGACGGACUAUGGCAAAUCGCUGAUAUUCCAAGCUCUGCCAACGAUGUUUGACGUGGUAAUGCCUCGUCAGGGUAGUAUUGUUGUUGUUGUCUGCCCGCUUCUUAAUCUAAGCAAGGAUCAAGCUGCCUAUUUGAAUAGCCUAGGUACUUCUGCAAUAAACAUAAGUGAUGUCGAAAAUGAAGGAGAUCCCAGAGACGUAGAAGCCGGAAAAUAUCCUCUUGUGUAUGGGACACCUGAAUCCUGGCUCGAUAACGAUCGUUGGGGAUCAAUGUUGACUAAUAAAGUAUACUCCGAAAAGCUGUGUGCUAUCGCAGUGGAUGAAGCACAUGUGAUAAGGCAAUGGUGA